UUGUUUGAAUUAUGGGGUGCUUCAGGCAUAGGAACUGGAUCGAACGGUGCAUACGUCAAAGGGUAUAUUAAAUUUGAUAAAUCUAUAAAAUUAUAUCUUCAUGUCGGAUCUAAAUAUUAUUCUGGUGCAACUCUUCCGUCUUAUGGUGGCGGAGGUCCAGGCCAAUUUUCUGGCGGCGGAUCAUCUGAUAUACGCCUUGAACCAGGCGAUUUUGGAGAUUUCAACGGUUUGAAAAGUCGAAUAAUCGUUGCUGCUGGUGCAGGGUCUCAGGAUGGUACACUCAUUGGAAAUGCAUUUUAUGAGGAUGCUGGUGGUGCUGGAGGCGGGCUACUUGGAUUUAACAGCACAUAUGAGCAUGGUCUUGGCGCCACUCAGAUAUCAGGAGGACCGGAAAAGGUCUUGCCGGCACUUUUGGAUUUGGAGCUGGAAAUCCAAAUAGAAUAG